AUGAUCGCCGGCGUUCUCGCUAUCGUUCCAGAUCUCGCUCCAGGAAUCGCGACAGGUCCAGAGACAGGGAUCGCGACUCCGAACGAAGAAAGGAUCGACAUCACAAAAGCCACCGGAGAAGAAAGUAGUAAGUUAUUAUUGUUGGAUCUUUCGGAUUUUAGGAGCGCUUGAAGUUUACAUCUGUCAUGGAUAAUAUAGGCCCAAUCUAUUACGUUUUCCUUUCAGUUCCUCUUCUCGAAGCCCGUCGACUAAACGGACUCGAAGUCGAUCUCCUCCUAAACGGCCAACAACUCCAAAAGACAUCUCUCCUGAGCUUAAUGCCACUCAUACACUUACUGAUGAUCAGAUGCCAGAUGACGUGAAGAAGGAUCUGUGCCAGCAAGACUGGGCUCCGAAUAAAAUGACUGGAGCUGCGUUGAAAUGGGUCACGGAGACGGUGAAUGAGCAGGCAAGUGUAUUCUGUUACUUUUUCCUUUGUGUUUAGAGAAAGUAAAAACUAUCAUGGCAAGUAUAAUAUCAGAAAUGAAAUUUUAAUCUCCACAAUGGUUGUAAUUUUUCUUCCAAGGUUUAACACAGCUAUAUUGACGAUUAUCAGCCAUUUUUCCCUUAGUUUUGACUUUUUGGCUUGAUAUUAUACUUGGUAGCUUCUCUACUCCAAUAUUUAAAAUUUAUUUCAUCUUCAACUUCUACAUCUAUUAUAAAAGUGAUUAACCAUGUGAUAACUUCAUAUUCGUCCUUCACAAUUGAUUUCAUCAUCGCAAUCACCUUUUCUAAUAAUUUUCAGGCCCGUAUUACCUUGAGCAUACCAAGAUUUAGGUGUUUGGACGCAUUGUGAUGCAUUUUCCUGGAUCGUGAAGCCCGUGGCACACCGUAGAAUGUGCGUAUUGUCGGACGGAGCAUUCUCUUCAUUGUUGUUUUAAAGCUUACAUAGUUUUUUCAGCUCUUCUUGAUAUUAAUAUUGGAUCCUUUCAGAUGCGUGCAAGAAAUGAGGAGAUUGAUGCUGUGGUCCGGGAUCGGAUUCAAAAAGCCAAAGUGGAGCUGGAGGCCCGUUUGCGCGCUCAGAUUGAGAAUGAGUGGAAGGACGAGAUGGAAGCGGCCAGAAAGCGGGAGGUGAGUCAAGUUUAAUAUGAUUUUAUUUGUUGAAAUUUAGGCCGACACCUUGGCACGUCUGAAAGAUAUGGAAAAGAGUCUAGAGGACCGCAGAAAAGAGUUGGACUUGGAGAAGGAUAAAAUGGUAAGGCUUUUUUUAUAUUAUCCAUGUCAAGUUUAGGUAACGAAGGGAAAUAUUUGUCAAUUUUAGAACGAAGAGCGCCUUCAAAUGUUAGAAGCGAAAUCCAAGGCCGAAAUGGAAAGGAAUCAGCUGAAAGAAGAGCUGGACAAACUCAAGAAAACUGAACAACACUCAAUCUUGAAUAAGGGAGGAUUCCAACGUGCUCCGAUCAAAUUUGGCUUCAAAAGCUGA